CGUCCCGGGGGAGCCCCCGCCCGUUCGCCGGCUUCCUUCUGCGCCGGGCUCUGCUUCUUAAUUUAGUUCUCAAUGUUCCCGCCCCCAAGUCCCGGACACCCGAGGCGAAGACCGUUCGGGCGGCGCGGAUUGGGCGCUGCAGGCGGGACCCGGACCGCUAGUGCCGAGUUUCUAUUGGUGGGGAAUGGUGGCUGGGUGGCCCUUGCCGCCCAGUCCAGCCCUCGUUUGAAGGUGUGGAAAUUUAAACAACACAAGUAUUUUGCCUGGAGCUUUGGUCAAACAAAUGCUAAGAAGCCACAUAAAGAAGAUCCCUAGCAGCCAUUUCUCAGCCGUUAUAUAGUCACCUGAUGUAACAAUGGUACUAAUAUUGGGACGCAGACUAAACAGAGAGGAUCUUGGGGUGCGUGAUUCCCCAGCAACUAAGCGUAAAGUUUUUGAAAUGGACCCCAAAUCUCUGACAGGUCACGAGUAUUUUGACUUCUCCUCAGGAUCAUCCCACGCUGAGAACAUACUCCAGAUAUUUAAUGAGUUCCGAGACAGCCGCUUGUUCACAGAUGUUAUCAUCUGUGUGGAAGGAAAGGAGUUUCCUUGCCAUCGAGCUGUCCUCUCAGCCUGUAGCAGCUACUUUAGAGCCAUGUUCUGUAACGACCACAGGGAGAGCCGAGAAAUGCUGGUGGAGAUCAACGGCAUUUUAGCUGAAGCUAUGGAAUGUUUUUUGCAGUAUGUGUAUACUGGAAAGGUGAAGAUCACAACGGAGAAUGUUCAGUACCUCUUCGAGACCUCCAGCCUCUUUCAGAUUAGUGUUCUCCGUGAUGCGUGUGCUAAGUUCUUAGAGGAACAGCUUGAUCCUUGCAAUUGCCUAGGAAUCCAGCGCUUCGCCGACACCCACUCGCUCAAAACACUCUUCACAAAAUGCAAGACCUUUGCGUUACAGACUUUUGAGGAUGUGUCCCAGCAUGAAGAAUUUCUUGAGCUUGAUAAAGAUGAACUUAUUGAUUAUAUUUGUAGCGAUGAACUUGUUAUUGGGAAAGAGGAGAUGGUUUUUGAGGCCGUCAUGCGCUGGGUCUACCGAGCUGUUGAUCUGCGAAGGCCGCUAUUGCAUGAGCUCCUGACGCACGUCAGACUCCCUCUCUUGCAUCCCAACUACUUUGUUCAGACAGUUGAGGUGGACCAGUUGAUCCAGAAUUCCCCUGAGUGUUACCAGUUGCUGCAUGAAGCAAGACGGUACCACAUACUUGGCAAUGAAAUGAUGUCCCCGAGGACUAGGCCACGCAGGUCUACUGGCUAUUCAGAGGUGAUAGUUGUGGUCGGAGGCUGUGAACGAGUUGGAGGAUUUAAUCUUCCGUACACUGAGUGCUAUGAUCCAGUAACAGGAGAAUGGAAAUCCUUGGCCAAGCUUCCAGAAUUUACCAAAUCAGAGUAUGCCGUCUGUGCACUAAGGAAUGAUAUUCUUGUUUCAGGUGGAAGAAUCAACAGCCGUGAUGUCUGGAUUUAUAACUCACAGCUAAAUAUCUGGAUCAGAGUUGCUUCUCUAAAUAAAGGCAGAUGGCGCCACAAAAUGGCUGUCCUUCUUGGUAAAGUGUAUGUUGUCGGAGGCUAUGAUGGGCAAAACAGACUUAGCAGUGUAGAGUGUUAUGAUUCCUUUUCAAAUCGUUGGACAGAAGUUGCGCCACUUAAAGAAGCAGUGAGCUCUCCAGCAGUGACAAGCUGUAUAGGAAAAUUGUUUGUGAUUGGUGGAGGACCUGAUGAUAAUACUUGUUCUGAUAAGGUUCAGUCUUAUGACCCAGAAACCAAUUCUUGGCUACUUCGUGCAGCUAUCCCAAUUGCUAAGAGGUGCAUAACAGCUGUCUCUCUGAACAACCUGAUCUAUGUUGCUGGUGGACUGACCAAGGCGGUGUAUUGUUACGACCCAGUUGAAGACUACUGGAUGCAUGUACAAAACACAUUCAGUCGACAGGAAAACUGUGGUAUGUCUGUGUGCAAUGGUAAGAUCUAUAUCCUGGGUGGAAGACGGGAAAACGGAGAAGCCACUGACACUAUUCUCUGUUACGAUCCUGCAACAAGUAUCAUCACAGGGGUUGCUGCAAUGCCCAGACCAGUGUCCUACCAUGGCUGUGUGACUAUUCAUAGAUACAAUGAGAAAUGCUUUAAGCUCUAAACCUGGGGUACCUCACACAAGAAGCCACGCAGUCCAAGAGGGAACUUUUAAAGUAAGAACACAUCUCCUUUGUGCUGUAUGGAAAAAGAAAUAAAGAAAUAGCCCUGAUGCCAUUUUCCAAAAAUAACAAUAUUUCAAGCUGUAAUAAGUUCUUUCCUGUAACCGGGGGAGAGAGCUGUUAAGAUGAUGGCAGUUAAAGCCAGGCAUAGUAGUGCACACCUUUAAUUCCAGUACCCAGAAGGCAAAGGCAGGUGGAUUUCUUCGAGUUUGAGCCCAGCCUGAUCUACAUAACAAGUUCUAGGUCACCAGGGGCUACACAAUAAGGCCUGUCUUCAAAAAAAAAGAAGUCAUAAUGAUAAUUUGGCCUAUGAAUAUAUUUUUGCAUCUGUGAGAAACUGAGUGGGGUAGGGAAUGACAUCCAGCUGCAAACUUCUUAGGGAUUUGUGAACCAUCUUUUAGAAAUGUUUAUUUCUUUUUUGUCUGUUAUGUAGAGAAAAAUUGUAUGACUGACGCUUCAUUUAGGUUGAAUUGCCUGAUGUUAAGAAUGUUUAGCAUUCAUUGUGAGGGAAGAAGCAAGUUUUAAAUACAUCUGUCACUGACUUAUCCCUACUGGUUAAUUUCACUGAAGGUGGUUUUUUUUUUUUAAGCUGUAAAAAUGUAGUGACAAUUCAGCUACCAUAAAACAUCAAAUUUAAUGACUUUAUGGACUAUUCUCUGUUACUAAAUACUUUUUUGAGCUUAUGUAGGAGAUAUAAAAGGAGAUUUAAACUAUACCUUAGUCCCUAAGGAAAAAAUUAAAAUAGCUAUCAGAGGAAAAAAAAUGUGAUCCAGUUUGGUUCUCAGGGUAUUUAAUGAAUCAUCUGUGAGUUCUUCACUGAAGUCCUCCCUUAAAGCUAGCAUAGAAGUUGAAUUCCUUUUCCAGAGCCAGGAUGUGGGCACACCUGUCUCCGGGAUCUGGACUGUGCAUCAAACCAAAUUGGGACUGAAGAGAUGGCUCAGUGUUUAAGAACAUUUACUGCUCUUGCAGAGAACCCUGGUUUGGUUCCUAGUAUCCACAUCAGAUGGUUCACAAAGACCUGUAAUUCUAGUUCCAGGGAACCCAGCACCCUCGGGCCUCCCUGGGCACCUACAGGCAUGUGGUGCACAUAAAUUCACACAGACACACGUAUGUACAUUAAAGAAAUGAAUCUUUAAAAAAGAUAGGUUUGCUCCCUACGAGCCCAGCAGAGUUGACCUUCCUAGUUUGAUGCUUUGUCUAGUAUCUCUUCCUUGACUUCUGAGCAUCUACCAGUCCUAGGAAUCUCUACACCAAUUCCUUAAUAGCCUAGAGCAGAGGCCACUCUUCAGUGGGGCCACUUGUUUGUGAGUUAGCGCCCAGCCACACUUGUGGCCAACAGCAGUUCCGGUCUUCGGGGCGAGAGCUCUUAUUUGAGAGCCAUUGUAUAAAAUAUUGAUCAACGUUUUCAAAUUUCUAUUAAAAAGUUUUUCCUUUAGGUUUUUUACCUCCAUUCUAUAAAGGUUACCUGUUUUCAAAGGGAAAUACAAAAGUUUUUUUCUUAAAAAUGUGAGUGGGUACAACAGGAACUAUCAUAACUAAUUAGUGUAACUUCUAUGUGGACACAUAACUACUUACAAUGCUGUGGCUCUCAUACCACAAUAUACUCCCUGUCAGUGACUAUAAUAGUGUCAUUAGAGUUCUGUUAAAAUUAAGGUAAUCAUCAAACGCCUACCAUUGACAAACUUUAUUCCUCAUCUUAGCAUAAUACAAACAUUUCUUAGGAGUCAGUGCUUAAUUGGAAUCUAAAUUCUGAGAAAAAUGCUAGAAAGUACACUUAGACUUUCCAAGUCAUAAAUAUUAAAUGAUUUAACUGAUAGCUAUACAAGCGUUCUGAAAAAAUUAUCUGUCAGUUGAGAGACUGUUGGUGUACAAUUGAGAUAUUUGUACUGUAAUUUUAUAGUAAAUACCUGCAUUAUACUUUUGUGAGAUAAUAGAAACUGUUUAAUUCAGAAAUUCUUAACAGUAAAGUGUAUGAACAAGUGUUUUGUAAAUGCUUAAGAUUCUACAAAUGAUAAUUGUUAUCCUCAUGUAUAUUUGUAAUAUUGUGUCCAUUCAUAAAUACACCAUAUAAAAAACUUUCUCAAAGUAAAUUUGUAUUUUAUUAUUUUUGUCUAUUGUAAAAGUAUUAUCUAUUUGUAAUUUGUAAUGUUUAUCUUUCAUAAUCCUUGUGUUUGUUGUAGUAAAUUGGAAAAAAUCCUGAGAAAUCA